GGAGGGGGGAUGAUAUAUUGGGGGGGGGGGAGGAUUAUAAAGUUGGGGUAGGGGGGAUGACAUGCUUGGGAGGGAGGGGAGGGAGGAGGGAUAUCAUAUUUAAUUGGGGGAGGGGGUGGGGAAUGACAAUUUUUGGGUUUUGUACAUAUGUGUUUAUGAAUUUGGAGAUGAUGAUUUACCUAGCUCCAUUUUGAACGUUUAGGCGUGGGUCAAAUAAUCUUUUUUUUAACAAAAUUUAAAUUCAGUGCGUGAUCAAAUGUUAAAAACAUUGCAAGAAGCUGAGUCAGAGGAAUAUAUAAUUUACCCGGCAAUAUUUUCUCCUAUUGAAGAAUUUAAACAUAUUAUAAUUAAUUUGCCUUUAUUUUACCUACAAAAUAAAGUUCAAGUUAAAAAUUCAUUAAAUCGAAAGGAAUGUGAAUUCAUAAAAAGACAUUUGGUUUUAGACCCAUAUACUAUGGUUCCAACAACAUCAUUUUACUUGUUUUACUUCAAUAUCGGUGAGAAAAAAAUUCUUAAAGCAAAACUCGAAGAAUUUGUUAUUAAUCCCUAUUUUGUUUAUAUAAUUGGGGAGGAAAGUAAAAAUAGAAGAGAGAGAGAAUAUUUGGGUGUUGACGUUGUUGAUUUGUUAAAUACUGAAGACGGUGAUGUUGUUGGUCCGCCUCAAAAACAUAUUUUGCUUCUUCAAAUGGUCAGUUUUGUUUAA